CAGCGAACUUUAGUUCUACGCUGAACUUCGAACGGAACGGAAACGGUCGAAUGGUGGUCCGCGCUCGUGCUGUGUCAGUGCACUUGGUUCGGCAACUUGUGAUACCCUCGCGAGCAAAUCAUGUGUGCGUGAGGUGGUUACUUCGAUACAUUCCGACCAGUCCAUGAGGUUCCGGACAGUUUGGCUUGAACGUACGGUGAGACCGGCAUUGGUGCGGCUUAACAGCCCCUCACAUCACUUUAAACGUGUUUCUGUGUUCGGUAGCGUGUGUUAACAGUGUCACGGAUUAAGUGAACUCAAUUCGGUAGCCCUUCUGUGACGCGCUACUCGUGUGUUCCUCAGUUGUGUUUCCUUAUCACCGUGCGCAGAUAAUGUUGCUGAUACCGACACAGCUUGCCCUCUGGGGUCUUGCGUUGAUAGGCGUGUGGGCGUUGAUUUGGUGGAUGUAUGAUAAUCUGAAAUCAUUGGCACAAAUCUGUGUCGCCUUGCUGGCACCAUAUUUGGCACCGGCCGAACACAAAACACUGGUCGAACGGUUUGGAAAAUGGGCCGUAAUUACCGGAUCGACUGAUGGCAUCGGUAAGCAGUACGCUUUCCAGCUCGCUAGCCGUGGCCUCAACGUGGUACUAGUCUCACGCUCCACCGACAAGUUAGUCGCCGUGGCGCACGAAAUCGAGUCCAAGUACUCGGUGAAGACCAAAUGGAUAGCGGUCGACUUUGGCAACGGACGGGAGAUUUACGAUCACCUGCGGAAGGAACUCGAGUCCGUCCCCGUUGGCAUUCUAGUCAACAACGUGGGCGCGAAUGCCGACUAUCCGGACGAUCUUGAUCACAUUCCCGAGGACAAGCUGUGGCAGCUGAUCAACAUCAACAUCGGUGCGGUAACUAUGCUUACGCGCACGGUUUUACCGGGGAUGAAGAAACGCGGCCAGGGUGCGAUCGUUAACAUCUCGUCCGGUAGCGAGCUUCAACCACUACCCUACAUGACGGUAUAUGCGGCAACGAAGGCUUACAUCCACAACUUCACCCUCGCAAUGCAGUACGAGCUGGAACCGUUCGGUAUCACCUGCCAGCUGGUGAGCCCAAUGUUUGUAACGACCAAGAUGAACAACUUCUCUACGACAAUAAUGGAGGGUGGACUGUUCAUACCAAACGCAGAAAUGUACGCCAAGUUUGCCACAUUUACGCUCGGUAAAACGAAGCAAACUACCGGCUACUGGUCGCACGGUAUUCAGUACGCCGUGUUUAAGCUAGUCCCGGAGUGGGUCCGUACCGUGAUCGGUGGCAUGAUGAACAAGCAGUUUCGAAAGGAAUACUACGACCAGCAAAAGUCCACCGUACCCGCGCAGGCCAGCUAGAUCUGGAUACUUGAUCCGGCAGCUGUGUCCUUCGAAUGAUGGCGCCCUGUUGGCGCAGUUUGUGUUUUGAUGCAUUUUUUUUUUGUUAAUGACGUUUAUGUUAAGCUAGCUUUUGUUUGUUAGAUACUGAAUAAGCUUAAGUGAGUAUUAUUCUUUCUCCCCCAAAACAGACUGAGAUGUCAGGAGGUAUUGUAGUAUUGUUGAUACUGUUUUCCAGGAUAAAAAUAAAAAAAUUCAAAUUUUGUUUUUUUUUACA